AGCUCAACUUUCGGGCCCGCCUCUUUUCUGGGAGUGGGAGUUCGCUCCAAACUUUGUUUAUGGGACAGUCCGGGAGCCGCGGCGGCCGCGCUGUCUGCUUCUCCUCCGCCUCCUUCUCGCGGAACACGAACGCCUGAGGCCAGUUCGGGGGAUGUGAGAGCCGAAGCCCCUCGGCUGCCAGGCACCAAGUCGGGAUUUGCCAGCCGGGCCCCGGCUACAGCCCGGCGAGCUCGGGACGCACGCGAACGACUGAGGCCCGACGGCGAGUUCGGGCGGGACGGCGGCCGCCGCACGCCCAGACUCCGCUUCGCUGCGCGCCCAGAAGAUGAAUCCGGCCUCGGUUCCCCCCCCGCUCCCGCCACCCGGGCAGCAAGUGAUCCACGUCACGCAGGACCUAGACACGGACCUCGAAGCCCUCUUCAACUCGGUCAUGAACCCUAAGCCCAGCUCGUGGCGGAAGAAGAUCCUGCCCGAGUCGUUCUUCAAGGAGCCUGACUCUGGCUCGCACUCGCGCCAGUCGAGUACCGACUCGUCCGGCGGCCACCCGGGGCCCCGGCUGGCCAGCGGCGCCCAGCACGUCCGCUCGCACUCGUCGCCCGCGUCCCUGCAGCUGGGCACUGGCGCGGGUGCUGCAGGCAGUCCAGCGCAGCAGCAUGCGCACCUCCGCCAGCAGUCUUACGAUGUGACCGACGAGCUGCCGCUGCCCCCGGGCUGGGAGAUGACCUUCACGGCCACUGGCCAGAGGUACUUCCUCAAUCACAUAGAAAAAAUCACCACAUGGCAAGACCCUAGGAAGGCGAUGAAUCAGCCUCUGAAUCCUAUGAACCUCCACCCUGCGGCCACUUCCACCCCAGCACCCCAGAGGUCCAUGGCCGUGUCUCAGCCGAAUCUCGUGAUGAAUCACCAGCACCAGCAGCAGAUGGCACCCACUACCCUGAGCCAGCAGAACCACCCUACUCAGAACCCCCCAGCAGGGCUCAUGAGCAUGCCCAAUGCUCUGACCACUCAGCAGCAGCAGCAGCAGAAGCUCCGGCUUCAGAGGAUCCAGAUGGAGAGAGAGAGGAUCAGAAUGCGCCAAGAGGAGCUCAUGAGGCAGGAAGCCGCCCUCUGUAGACAGCUCCCCAUGGAAGCCGAGACUCUGGCCACCGUUCAGGCUGCUGUCAACCCGCCAGCCAUGACCCCAGACAUGAGAUCCAUCACUAAUAAUAGCUCUGAUCCUUUUCUCAAUGGAGGGCCCUAUCAUUCGAGGGAGCAGAGCACAGAUAGUGGCCUGGGGUUAGGCUGCUACAGUGUCCCCACGACUCCGGAGGACUUCCUCAGCAAUGUGGACGAGAUGGACACAGGGGAAAACGCAGGACAGACACCCAUGAACAUCAAUCCUCAGCAGACCCGCUUCCCUGAUUUUCUUGAUUGUCUCCCGGGAACAAAUGUUGACCUAGGAACUUUGGAAUCUGAAGAUCUGAUCCCCCUCUUCAAUGAUGUAGAGUCUGCGCUGAACAAAAGCGAGCCCUUUCUAACCUGGCUGUAAUCACUACCAUUGUAACUUGGAUGCAGCCAUGACCUGACAUUUCCUGGGCCUCUUGGCAAAAAACAAUGGAGCAGAGUCAGUCUGCAGGUGUACCACAUUCUGCCUCCAUGACUCCAUGCUCCCUCCUUCCCAUGCGUCCAGUUUCAUCAUUGCCUGGAUUCGAUUGACAGUAACUUAAGUUAAACAGAUAAAUGCUCUAUUUUCAGUUUCUGCAGGCCUGCAUUCCCGUGAUUUGUAUGCAGCGUUCUUCUGCAGAACUGAGGAUGCAGAAUUGCUUCUCUAUUUUUCUGUCUGCUGCCCCAUGACUAAGCUUGAUGGGUGUUAGUUGAAAUUUAUGCAUCAAAUUGAUUAUAAACCAUAAAAGCUGACCACAGGCAGUGACUCGUGACAGGUGGCUUGGUCCAGGAAAUGUACACAAAAUUAGACCUGAUUGACGGUUUCAAAAACUGUGUUGAUGACAGUAGUACCGGAUGCUUUAAAAAAAUAUUUAACGCGAGCUUUAAAAAUCAUUGUAUGGAUAGUACAUCUCUGCUGUAUGGAAUACAAUGUAGUUUUGAGUCCAUGCUGGUUCUGAUGGUUCUUUUGACUCUUAUCUGCAAAGGCACGCGUGGUCCUAUUGUAGUUUGUCCUUCAUCAUUACUUUACUUCGUAGCGUCUAGACAACUCGUCCUUCCAGCAGGAGAGGGGCAGGAAUGUGAGUCACAGUUCCUACCCUACAGAUCUUAUGAAAGAGACCAGUUUGGUACUAAUUAUGAGCAUUUAUUAAACAAAACUUUUUUUUUAAUUACAAGUUGGAUUUUUUUUUAAUUGCAGCUUAGAAUUUGAUGUUUAUUUUAUAAAGCACUAUAAUUUUGUAGCUGAUGACAAAGGGCAGCCAAAUGUUUUGAUAAAUCAGUGGUGACUGUAUUUUUUUUUGUCUUUUGAAACCGUUCUGAAAACAUCAGGACGACCUAGCUUUCAACCCGACAGCACACACAGUAAACUGUUGCUUUUUUAAUGCUGAAGCCUUAUCAGCUUUGCUUUCCAGAUUUCAAGUGUUUAAAAGAAUCUUAUCUAUGAAACUGUUUGAAGGAUGAAGCAGAUCUCUGACUGACGUGUAAAAAAAAAAAAAAAACCCUCUGAAGGGUGUACGGUGGAGACUUGUGUUUCUGAAUUCAGUAAAAUUGAUUCCUAAGUAUAUUAUCCUAACCCUGUUUGCUACAGUUGGUAUAAAAAGGCAUGAAAUAUGUACUCAAUACCUCUUAUGUAACCAAAAACAUUUUUUAUUAGCUUUUAAGGACUGAGAGAGAGCAUCAGGUUCACCCGGCGUGCACUCUGCCUGCAUUACCCAUGAAGUCCUCAAUCGUUGAAUAUUUUGAACUGACAUUAUUUAUAAUCUAUGAAUUUAAUAUCUUUUUUGAAAGACAUUAAUAAUUCAGGUCUCUGAGAGGAACCUUCCAUUCCCAAGGGGGCUUAUCUAUUGGGGAUCUUAAAUAAGAUCCUUUUCCAUCUACCAGAAUAGAGACAGGCAGAAUACAUUUUAUCUGGUUGGAAAGAAGGCAAGUGAAAAGGUCAGAGAUGAAGUAGUAAAGUCACGGUCGAUAGUGGAAGGAUACUAGUUGGGAAAUGGAAACAGACAAGUGAUAGUACCCCAAAAGCAAGAUGAGCGGGAUGGUAGGAGAGGUGCCCAAAAGAACAA